CUUUUCCCACUUGAGGAUCUUUGUCUCUCUGAUUACAUCAUGCCAUAGAACAUUGGAUAUGCUUGCCCAUGUCUUGUCUAUGUCUAAAACAGUCAACUACACUUUCUUUUCUUUUCUUUUUUUUUCAUUCACUUCGUCAUAAGUUGAGUAACCAAUUAAUGUAGUUUUCCCUGUCCCUCGUCCUUGCCAUCUUCUUGACAACCAUUAAUCAUUGACGAAGAAAGAUUUCAUUUCUCAUUUUUAGAGGCACACCAAUCCCAUUGGAGCCAAAGAUCUUGAUUUCUCUCUUUAUUUAUUGAGUUUAUUUCUUAAUUUUUUAGUGUUCUUAACAUGCAGUUUCACCAUUUAACCUUGUCAAAUGAGCUUUCUGCUGUAGGUUACAACUGAUGAAGCUAUUGAAUUGUCGAGGAGAGUAGUGUUGGAGGAAGGCCUGAAGAUGAUAUAGGUUAUAUUUCUAAGCUUUGGUGAGAGUCAAAUUCCGACUGCUCUUUUCCAUUCUACACAUGAAGAGGUUCAGAAAAUGCCUACAAGUUCAUGUAAAAUUACUCUUUCUAGAUGGGUCCUACCGUGCAAAUCCAUUCCCAUAUUUUCAGGUGGUAACUAGCCGCUAUAUUUCUUGCUAGGUGAAUUUAAAUAGCUUUUGUUGGACAGUUUAUCCAGUCAACAUCUUGACACUGCAACUUUUUUUCUUCUUCCAGGCCCAGUCAUUAUAGGAUGCAUGUACUCUCUGUCAGGUAAUGCUUACUGAUCCAGAGAUUCUAUUUCACAAAGCUGUGCAUAAGAUGUUUCUCUAGAUGAGUGGCUUCCUUCAUUCUUUGAUCUUAUUUUCUAAAUCCAAAUGCUUUGGUACAUAUCAGUGCAUAUUAUGUCACUGCAUUCUGAAUUGUACCAAAGAGUGGGGGUUUGGCCCUAGGAAUGGUGAUGGGUUGGGGGCAGGGGCGGGGAGGGUUAUCCUGGCCCAUCCUUACCAACCUUGGUUGCCAUCCUGGGAAUGUGGGGAAUUCUUCCCCAUAUUCCCAUCCCUUUGCCAAAAGAGAACAGAAACCCUUGUAAGGGUUCAAAGGAUAGUGUCUUAGUGAUGCUUUAUGGCACUUAGUUUCUUAGAUUAUAUGAUUAAAAAGAGCAAGACGAAACAAAAAGAUUUGAGCGUGGUAAGAUGAACACGUAGAAGAGGUAAAGAUUACAUGAACAUUCUUAACUUCAAGGACACAAGUACAACAGAGAACAAAACCUAAACUUUGAA